UGGAAUUCAUCCCGUGUCCCAUCGUCUCCCAAACGCUCUACCUUCCACCGGAACACUUUCCUCUGUUUCUUACUCUUGAUCUUUCUGGAUCGGUCGAUGUUUGCCCAUAUGAGGAAGUGGUCGGUCGAACCUAUAUCUAUCGCACUUACUCGCCUGUCCUCUACCGGAAGCUUUCCCUACUCUGGAUUNAUCGGUCGAUGCUUGCCCAUAUGA